AAAGGCAAACAAGGAAGACACGAUGAGGUGUGCGUGAUUGCCUUGUCUGGCGGAUCCUCCAGAUUCCCGUUAUCUUUUCAGCAAGCAUCUUCAGCAAGCGUCGGCACUUGACCGAUGACGAAGGUCACCGCGCCGCCGAAGACACCUCCACAGUAUCCAAACAGACCUUUUCAAUGGUUGGUCUUCAGUGUUCAGUGGGUAACCGGCUUCUGUAAAACAACAGAGGGAGCUCAGAAAUGCGAUCGUCAAAAACUGCAGAAGCUCGGCAAGCAGUGGGCCAUCCAUGGAUUGUGGCCUGACGGACCCCAUGGUCCUCCAACAUACUGCAACUGCUCAGUGGGGUACGACCCUGGAAAACUUACGGCACUCUAUGGGGAUAUGAAUAAGUACUGGACGUCAGUCGCACGUGGAGCUCAAGAGGGAUUCUGGAAGCACGAAUGGGACAAGCAUGGCACAUGCGCCUUAAAGCAUGAAACACUUGGUGGCAUCGCAAACUACUUCAAGGGAGCAAUCGAUCUAAGAAAGAGAUUCGAUGGCCUCCUAGGGCGAUUACACCCCGGCACUGUGCUUCAGCCACUAAGCUCAAUCAAGGACGCACUCAAUGUUUACCCUGGGAGCGUCAGUUUGGUCUGUGGACACGCUCAGACCGGACAGAACAGGAUACUCCAUGAACUUCAGUUCUCCAUGAACAUGAGUCUCCAGCCUCACCUACAAAAAAAUAAGUUUGGGGAAAACGGAUGUGCUCCAAGUGUUUUAUUUCCUGCAUCAUAA